AUGGAGGAUGGAACAGAGCAGACGAAUUCCGCAGUUGAUGAUUGGCAUUCGAUUCAAGUUAGUGAAGGCAUUGUGGAUGGUUCAGUGAGUUCAGAUCAAGUAGAUGUAGAUGUUGAUGGAUCUUCAUCAAUUCCAGUUGAUCAAGAUUUGGUUGGUUUGGUAGUAAGUAAUGCUGAUGAGGCUUUUGAGGUGUAUAACAGUUAUGCAUAUAGACUUGGUUUUAGUGUGAGGAAGGGUCAUCAACGAUACAAGGGAUCUUCGAACACAAUUCAAAUGAAGAAAUUUUGUUGUUCUAAGGCUGGUUACAAGGCUAACAGUGGGGUUAAGGCUUAUUCCAAAAUUGACACAAGGACAGGGUGUGGAGCGUUUGUUCAAUUUGACGUGGGUGAUGAUGGGUUGUGGACAGUUACGAAACACGAGAAAGUGCACAAUCACGAGUUAUGUGUGUUCAACAAGAGUCAUCUACUUUGUUCACAUAGGAGUGUCGGAGAUAAUCAGCUCUUAUAUUUACAAGGUUUGAAGGACAGUGGUGUUGCAUUGGCAGAUGGUAUUAGGAGGAGGCAGUCUACCGAGACUGAUUUUUUCUUUGAUUUUGAACUUGACUUGGAUGCAAGGGAUGAAUCACCAUUGCAUGAAUGUAAUGUUUGGAUGCGGGUUUUUGAUGAACGAGAGGAUAGAAUCGUUUGUGUGUUGUUUAAAGUGUUUUCAAGAUCAAUGGGUGGCAAGUCUCCACAGACUAUUAUGACAGAUCAAUGUGCAGCUAUGGCUGCUGCUAUAUCUAAAGUGUUUCCAACAUCACGUCAUCGUCUUUGCAUAUGGCAUAUCGGUGAGAAUUCAAAGAAGCAUAUCAAGACGUUAAGGAGCAAUAAGGAUUUCUUGGAUAUGUUUAACUACGUGUUGAAAUACACAGAGACCGAAGCUGAAUUUCAAUUCUAUUGGACAAGGUUGGUGACUGACUAUAAAUGUCACAAGAAUACUUGGUUAGAAAAGCUAUAUGACUGUAGGGAGAAGUGGUGUCCAGCAUUUAACAAGGACUAUUUUUCUGGGGGCAUUCUAUCAUCACAAAGGAGUGAAACUACAAAUCAUUCGAUUUCUAGAAGGUUGUCCAAGACAGCGGGUCUUUGUGAUUUCUAUUCAUCGUUUGUAAGCGUAAUUUCUGAAUGGAGAAGUAAAGAGAACGGUGAAGACUUUCGGUGUGCUCAAGGGGUACCCGCUAUGAUGAUGGAGCAUGUGAAACUUCUUUCACAUGCUAGAGAGGUAUACACGAUUGAGAUAUAUUUUCUGUUUGAGGAACAAUUCAUGAAAGGCAGUGCGUGUCAUCAAGAGAUGGUGUUGAAUGAUGGCCGUCAACAGAAGUAUCACGUGUGGCGGCCAGAUAUAGAUAUUAUAAGGCAUGAGGUUAGUUUUAACGCAGCCAACUUGGACAUUUCUUGUAGUUGCAAGUUGAUGUCUGAGUUGGGAAUUCUAUGUUGUCAUUGUAUACGCAUUCUUCACGUACAUUGUGUUUCUAGUAUUCCCGACAAAUAUAUACUUAAAAGAUGGACUAAAAAGGUUAUUGAUGGUAGGAAUGUCAACAUUGAUUCUAUGGUUUAUAAUGUUGGUGUUCCUCCAUCAAUUUGGGUGUUCGAUAUUAGUAGAAAAUUUCAAAGAUUAGUUGUGUCUAGUCAAGAUAGCAGCGUAGCGAGGAAACUGUGUGACGAGGCUGUUGAUGAUGUAAAGAAAAAGGUUGAAGCCGAGGUUAGGCAUGUGCAUAUUGAAGAGUGUGGUGUUUCAUCUUCAAGUGGUGGUGUUCAAAAUCCUUCAAGUCGGAGAUUGAAAGGUGAGCGUAACAAAAGGAGGAGUGGUGUUAUUGAAAAGAAGUACAGUCUUGCAAGGGGGAGAAGGAGUGCUGCAAAUAAAGCUGCAUUGAGUACAAAGGGUGCUGUUCAGUCUUUGGUGUUGGAAAACAUAUCCAAGCUUGCUGGGGAUGGAUACCUUGUACAUCCAAGUUCUUCAAGUUCAGAUUUUGUUCAGUUUAGUAAGGGUUUAGAUGACAAUGUAGGUGUAGAUUGA